AGGGAACCGGAGUCUGCUACAAGUACCAAUGAGUGCGACCAAGUCAGUUGUCUUUCCCAAGUUACUAGAAGGGAGAAGUGAGGACGGAAGGCGGAUACUAGCAAUUAAGGACGACCUACAACUAAAGCUGACGAAAAGUACCGUGUUUCCGGAACAGUUUCUGUACAAGGAAUACGAUGACGGUUUUGUGAUUCAGCACCACCUGGAAGGUCGAGACCUGGAAAAGAACUUGUACCACGACUCAGAAAGGAUGGCGUCCCUCAUGGUGUCUACGGAAGGUGGACUUCAAGUGGAAGGAAUCGUCGGAAAGAACCUGCGUAUCCGGCCACUUACACUUGAGCAAAGAAGCUCUCAAGGUGAUGGAGGUCACUUGCUUUACGAGGUGGAAGAAAGAAUUCCUCAACAGGGAGACAUACUGCAUGCUCCAGACACAGAAUUCGAGGAACGUGCUUCUGCAUUUACUCUGAGGCACGUAAAUGUUAACAGUCGUCAGGAUCAAACUAAUUAUGAAAUGCCAGAAACCAAUCCUGAAGUUCUGAUAGUCGUUGACACAGCGCAUCAUAAAAAAUAUACAGGGAAAAGAUAUGAAAAGCGGGACAAGAUUAUCCAAUACUUUGGUAUCUUUGUAAACGCAGUGAAUCUAAAGUAUACAACUCUUGCAUUUCCAAAAGUGAAGUUUGUUUUAGCUGGAAUUUGGAGACACAACGCAACUGAGGAGUCCGAAUAUAUGAAGCUUCCUGCAAGUAACCUAAUAAAUUCCAUGGCAUCCAUGGUCAACCUCGCGAACUACGCAAACUUGAAGAAAUUGGAAUUCGCCUCGUUCGACCUAGUUGUAGUCGUAACAGGGCGGGACCUUGUUCGCGUUCAUGAUAAUGGUGAAUAUUCUAAGGCCGAAGCAGGCCGUGCUUACGUCGGUAAAGUAUGUGACGAACGGUAUAAAGUUGGAAUGGCGGAAGACUUCCCUCAUACGUACGAUGGCGUCCACACAUUUGCGCACGAAGUAGGCCACUUAAUGGGAUGCUACCAUGACGGUUACCCGAGUCCUACUCCAGGUCGUCCUGGAGGCGAAAACUGCUCGGCGUCUGAACGAUUGAUCAUGAGUCCGUAUUCAUCAUCUAGCGACGUGGUGAGGUUCUCAUACUGUUGCGCUCUCCAGGUGUGGCAUGUGUACCACCAAGACAGCAAAGACUGCCUAAAGACAAGAAGUAGGACGACCGAUUAUAUUGUUAAGAAACUUCCAGGCGAUGCACUCAAAUCUCCGGACGAGUUUUGCAAACUUGAGUAUCCACAAUACAACGAAACCGUGAAGAGCCUGAGUAAUAAGCAACUGCCAGGCUGCAUAAUUAGUUGCAAGCUCAAGCCCGACGACUCUGGAUAUUACCUCUACAAUUCUCCUGAUGGAAUGCCCUGUGAAGAAAACACAACCAAGGUCUGCAUGAAUAAAGAAUGCAAAGAAUACAGUGAAUUUUAGGCCGUGCUCUCGACUGAAGACAUGACAGCUCGGACGUUGUGACGCACGACGCGGUCUUUCAAACAACAUCUUCUGAUCAACACCAAACGAUCUUUUUGCACAACAGGCAUUAUGGCUAUCACUGACAAAGGAGUUUGUAAUUUAGAUUCACGUUCACAUCCCAUAUGUCUCAAUACACGAAUAAAACAGUUCAUCUUCAAACAUGUA